AUUAAGCUAGCUGUUUUCAGUUGGUUGAAUGAAAUAAAAGUUAAAGCUUCUUCUUCUUUUUUUAGAAAAGCUUCUUCAACUUCAACAAGUUUCUUUUUUUUUUUUUUUUUUUAAUUUUCAGCUUUUGAACACAAAGAAAAUAAAUUAAAAUUAUGGCUUUCUACUUGAAAAUAGUUCAUCUUUUAUCAAUCUCAUAUUUUCUCAUUUUAUUGUCUCUCAACUUUGAUGGGAUCUCAGUGAAUGCCCUUAAUAUUGGUGUUGAGCAUUUUUAUCAUACAAGUCAUCUCAUUCAUCUCCCUUUUGUGAGUACAAAAUGCAGUAGAAAGUGUGAAUCUGAAUUUUGUGAAGCACCUCCCUUAUUGAGGUAUGGCAAAUAUUGUGGACUUCUGUACAGUGGGUGUCCUGGAGAGAAGCCAUGUGAUGGGCUUGAUACUUGUUGUAUGGAACAUGACAAUUGUAUCUCAAGGAAAAAUAAUGACUAUCUAAGCCAAGAGUGCAGUAGAAAUUUGAUAAACUGCAUGGAUAGAUUUGCGAAAUCACGAGGGCGUGGUUUCAAUGGUAGCAAAUGUGAUGCAAGGAAGGUGAUCAAAGUCAUCAAAGUUGUCAUGGAACCUGCUUUAGCUGCUGGGAAAGCUCUUGACAGACCUUAAUUAAACUUAAUCUUUAGCCUAGCUAGCUACUUUAUUUAGGGAUCGGAAAUUAAUCUUUAAUCAACGAACUAAACUUUAGAUUGUCUCUACGGCUCUAUAUGUUUUUCAAUAACUAUUGACACAGAUUUGGGUUUGAUGUUAUGAUAAAAAAGAGCUCAUAGUUACCCAUUUUUACACUCGUCACAAAGUUUGACAUACGUUUAAGCUACUAAUCAUGGUAGUUGUGUAGUAAGCUAGGUAUAGCAUAAAGAUAAUUUCUGCUAUUGGUUUUGUUGAAGAUGAAAAACUAUGUGUUAUAUAUAUUCCUAUUGUUUCUUAAUAUAUACUUUUUUUUUUGAAUGUAA